AGUAUUGUGCCAGUCGGGGGGGCGGUGACAUAUUUUACCCGUCAUCGUCAUAAUUUUGUGAACUUAUUGUAAAAAUCACGAAAUUAAGUGUCGUUUUGGAGUGUUAUUAGUUUAUGUCAGGACUGAACGUGAGGAUGGCGGGUCAGACUAUAAACGAUAGGUUUUUGGCCGCGCGGCACAGUAUAGCCGGCCAGGGUUUAGCGAAAUCUGUAUGCAAAGCCACCACCGAAGAGAUGAUAGCGCCCAAAAAGAAACAUUUAGAUUAUCUAGUCCAUUGCACAAACGAGCCGAACGUUUCAAUACCACAGCUGGCCAAUUUGCUGGUAGAACGGACGCAGAACACCAACUGGGUGGUCGUCUACAAAGCACUCAUCACCGUGCACCAUCUAUUAGCGUAUGGAAAUGAGAGAUUCACACAAUACUUAGCGUCGAGUAAUUCAACAUUUCAACUAAGUAAUUUCUUAGACAAAAGUGGAGUACAAGGAGCGGCCGGUGCCAGGAUUGGAUAUGAUAUGUCACCAUUCAUCCGGCGCUAUGCCAAGUACCUCAAUGAGAAAGCACUGUCAUACAGGACGGUCGCCUUCGAUUUUUGCAAAGUGAAGAGGGGCAAGGAAGAAGGCUCUCUUCGCAUGAUGAAUGUAGAGAAACUUCUGAAGACACUGCCAGUUCUGCAAGCGCAGUUGGACGCGCUACUGGAGUUUGAUUGCACAGCUAACGACCUCACCAAUGGGGUCAUUAAUAUGUGCUUUAUGUUGCUAUUCCGAGAUCUCAUCAGAUUGUUUGCAUGUUACAACGACGGCAUCAUUAAUCUGCUAGAAAAAUUCUUUGAUAUGAACAAGAAGAACUGCCGCGAGGCUCUCGAUCUCUAUAAGAAAUUCCUCAUCAGGAUGGAUAGGGUCGGCGAGUUCUUAAAGGUGGCAGAGAACGUAGGUAUAGACAAAGGCGACAUACCAGAUUUGACCAAAGCUCCUAGCAGUCUCCUGGACGCCCUCGAGGGGCACCUGGCCACACUCGAAGGCAAGAAGGGAUCCGCUGCAAACACCCCCACGCAGACUGCCAGUGCCCAAAAGAACGUAGCGAGCGUAAUGGGUGCAUUAUCGUCGACAUCGUCGUCUUUCGGCAACGCGGCCGCCUCCACACGUCUAGAUAACCAACCGAACGGCGCCUCUCCGCUGUUCAUAGACGAUACGCUGAAACAACAAGCGCUUGCCGAAGAGGAAGCCGCCAUGAAUCAAUACAAGGUGCACAUGUUGCAAGGCGAUGAAUGGACUGGUGAAGAAGCAGUGUCAGAAAUAAUUAAUAAGGUGCAAUCUCCCACCAACAGUGCCGCUAACAAUCCGUUCUUAUCGAGCGCGCCCCCCGCCAGUCAGUCCCAGAACAUAGUAGAUUUAUUCGGUCCAGCGCCGGCUGAACCGGCUAAUACAGCAAGCAAAGCAUCAGAUGACUUACUAUCGCUAGGCAAUCCGUUUGCUGAUAUGUUUGGAGCGGGCGCGCCUACGCCGGCGCCGCAGCCCGCGUGGCCGCAGCCCACCAACGGGUUCGCGGCGUUCCCCGCGCAGCAGCCAACGGCCGCGGCAAACAACACAUUCGUGUCAGAGGCUAACUUCUCUAACGUUUUCAGUAACACUGACAGCACAGGCCAACAAACACAGCAGCAACCCGGCAAAGUUCUCACUGGUGACCUGGAUUCAUCACUCGCUCAACUCGCAAACAAUCUUACUAUCAACAAAACAGCAACUCAAAAACCGAUGCAGUGGAACUCGCCCAAGAACCAGUCCAAACCCGGCGCCACCUGGACGCCGCAACCCAUGCACGCCACCACCGGCGCCGGGUACCGACCCAUGGUAUGUACCACCACGCCCACGCUCACUAUAUAAGUCCCGUAAAUUGCUGAUGCGCUGGAACCAUGCCUAAAUAACACCCGAGUAAUAAAUAUAGAUAGCACAAAAGGCAAGAGAUAAAUGAAUUAUUGAAAUGUUAUAGUUAUUUAAUAACUUUUAUUUUGUUAAUAAAUUACGUGAGUUUUUGGAAAAGAAUUUAUUUGUAAAUAUAUAUGGAAAAUAAAAAAGUUUGAAAAGAAUAAUAUUUAUUAUAUUUCAUCAAUUUUGCACUCACUAUGACUAGCGAAAAAUGCUUAAAAAUCACCGAAAAUAAUAAUGAAAUGAGAGUCAUUAGAUAUAUUUAUUAUUAGUAAAAUUAUGUUUACCAUAUUGAGAAAUUCAUAAUAGCAGUUGCUAUUUUAGUCAACCAUAAAAGUAACAAAAAAACUUAACAAUAACAAUUGGAACCAACAAAAAUUACGUUUAAUCACAACAGAGUGUAAAUCAAUAAGUGUAGUCGUCAACCAGUAUUUAUUUGUUAACGGUACUGAUUUUUGAACAAAUUACGUCAUCAAAACAGCGGCUAGGUGCAUUAGCAAUUUGCGGGGAUUAUUACACUAUACUAAACAACACACAACAUGCGAACACGUUAGGACCACGCACUCAGAGCAGAACUAUUAAAAUAGACAGUAUCAUAUCACAAACGCACUGAAAAAUGUUAUUGAUAAAUACAGGGUUAUUUAUAAAGCGAGCAGGACGAAAUAGCUAAUUUUAAAACAACAUUGGCAACAGAGUUUAUCUGUCAUCUUCGGAGACACGAAGUCGGCCGAUGUCCAUUAUUUAUCUCCAAAUUUUAUGCUUUAAACGUUUUUCCCAGUUUUUGUUGUACUGUCGUUAACAGUCUAUGUCUUAUUCAUGAAUGAAAUGCUACGCUCGCACGCUUAAGUAAUGUUAAUGGUAGGCAUAGAAUAUGCGAGCGGUGAAUCAAAUUGUAAUUUGUUUUUAUAUGAAAACAAAUAAAUAUUUAAAUCCAUAAAAUAAGCAUUGUUAUUUAUAAUGUUAGUUAUCAAGUCCAGCGAGUUUGUUAGUGUUUUAUGAGUAACCCUGUAUAAUGAAUACGAAUAAUAAUCUCGCAACAAUUUGGUUUAUCUUGUAUAUAUUGUAGCGUAGAGAAAAAUACUAAUUGGUACCCAGUCGCAUUUCCCACCCACGUUUAGCAGUCAGAAGUAAUAAUCUGACUACUCUGAACUUUGAUUAAACGAAUCCAUAAUACAAUGUGCAUAGGUGUCAGUGAUCCAUAUUAUGUAAAUAUAUGGAUCACUGACGCCAAUGCACGCACUAUUUAUAUCUGUAUAAUUCUCGCAAUUGGACUAAGUUAUGCAAGCAGGAUCCGACCCAAAAAUAUGUCUAAAUCGAGUUAUAUAUGUAGAAAAGCCUUCUAUGGCUUCUAUGGAGAUCAAGGUGAUUUAAAUCCUUUUACC